UGAAUCAAAACAUUUCUUUCAUUUCCUAAAAACACUCCCAAAGGUUUUCACUUCUUAAUUCCUUAAUUUUCUACCAUCUCUUCGAAGGGUAUUUACGGGAAUACAAGUUAUCGUAAUGGAUGUCUUUAUAUCGGAAGAGUAUGUCAACCGCCGGAGAAUGGAGAAAAAAGCUGCUGCCGUUGCUGGAAAAAAUCUGAGGCUAGGUUUUGGUUCAAGCAAUAGAACGGAAAAGAGAAAAACCAAUCCAUGGAUGUCGGAAUCUCGGCCGGAGAAAGAGAUUUCGGUCACCGACGGUAGUGUUUAUGAGAGUUAUGUGUUCCAAUGCUUCUCGCCGUAACAAAUAUAGCGUUCGCGUUUAGUAUUAAAACGCAGACGCAGUUGCAUAUGCAUGGGCGGCGGUUAUUAGUUGUAGCUCUUGUAUUUUCAUCUCUUGGUUUUUAUUUGCUAGUA